GCACUGUUGUUGUUGUUUUGCUCCCAUUACGGUGUAGUUUACCCGUGUGCAAGUCCUACGCCAUUCAGCGGCAUCGUCGUCUUUUCCCGUGUGUGUGUGUGGCAUCAGAUCACAAUUUUGCUAUUGUUCCCCCCCCCUUCCCCGCCACGUCGGCUUCUCUCGUCUCACAGCAGCAAAGAAGGACACACCAACGCAAUGCAGCUCUUGUACCAGAAGAACCCCGAGAACGCGCCGGCGCAGAAAAUUCUCGCCGCGGCGGCGUACACCGGCGUUGAGCUUACCCCGGUGCCGUGCGAUGAGAACAAGACGAGUGCCGAAGGCGCCGAGCGCGCGUUGGGCGACCCGUGCGGCGAGUACCCGGUGCUGGAGGUGGGCGACGGCGCAGACGCCUCCGUCUUCGGUGCGAAUUCAAUCCUGCGCUACGUGGCCCGUGCGGGCGUUGAGGAUGUCCUGCACCCCUAUGGCCGCACCCCGUUUGAAGCGAGUCAGGUGGACAUGUGGUUGGACUUCGCUAGCACCGAGAUCGACGCGGCGAACAUGCCUUACAUCGAUAUGUCCUACUACAAGACGGCGAACGACGUCCCGGCGGACGCGCUGGACGCCGUGCGGGCGGUGCUGGCUGGGUUGGAGGAGGUGCUGAGCGUGCGCACCUUCCUCGUCGGUGAGCGCAUGACGAUUGCCGACAUCGCCGUUGCCUUCUCCAUUCAGUGGGUCUACCGGUGCAAUCGCAAGCACGGCGACACCCUGGCGAAAGAGUACCGGGCCGUGUACCGUCACUAUAACACCGUCAUGCGCAGCCCGAAGAUUCAGAUGAUGAUGCGCAAGGAGGGCGCUGUCUUGGGACCUCUCCGCGCGUAG